GCACUAAGUCCUGUUGCCACAGCAACCAGAGGAGAAAUCAGUGCAGGGUGAUGCUCCAGCACUACCGCAUUGAGGGGGAUGGAGGGAUAGCACUUUCAUUCGGGCAGAUGGGACCUGAAGACCGCCAAUGACUCACCAGCAAGCGACAAGAACGGGAUAAAAAUACAGGAGAGAUAAGGUGCAGUCACUUCGGACCUUGACUAAAGACAUAAGACAGACACGCUCAAGGGAGAGGGUCGACCUACAGGCAAGAACUAAGGAAAGGAUGUGAUGAGCCAACUCCUCCCGAAGGGGAGGACAUCGGAACUGGGCAUCAGAACAUGAGCUGGACUAUUUAUGUUUAUUUUUUUCGGUGCCAUACGGUGACCUAAUGUAGAGCUAUUUGGAAAAAGACUGGAUGCAGGUUUUCUUUUUCUCUAAUAUAAAUUAUUAGCAACAACAAAAAAAACAAUACAAAACGCAUCAAGCAAUGUAAAAAAACAUCACAUCUGUGUGUUGGUAAAUGCAGCCUUCAAUGAAGAACAAAUCUGAAUACAGAUUUAUCAGUAGCUCAGCUGCUGACAUGAAAACCAUGAAAAUUAAAGGAGACCGAUUACUACCCAGUGUGUUAUUAAGAAAGCAACCUACCAUAGACUGACAGUAACAUCACCACCGUCUCUCUGAUAGCUUAAGAUUGUUCUAAAAGAUAUUCGAAGUAUUUGUAAGCAUGCUUCACUGUGCACUAUCUGUAAAUGCCUGAGUAUGGUCAUUUCAGGGCAUACUGGCUUCUGCAAACAUAUCAGGACCUAGUUAGAAAUGUUUUGAGUGCCAUAAAGUAUUAAGACUGUAGACAGACUGUAAACGGUUCAGGCUGUGUAUGGUUUUUUUUUGGUUUUUUUAAAGAUUGUAUUGAGACUUGAAAUAGCUCCAAAACAAAACCGUGCAUCAGGGAUUUACUAACAGGGAAACCUGUGUCAUUUUGUUUGUGGCUUUUGCUGUGCCAUUUUGUGAGUUUGAGCCCCCCUUACCCCACUACCGUCACCUCACCCUUUGUCCCACAACUCCCACACACCCCACCCUCACCUCACCACACCUCGCCUUGACACCCACCCCCAGCCCCCGACUCUCUCAGGAUGAGCCAAAAGCUGGAGCUAGCGGUGGAGAGCCCGCAGCCUCUCAUCUACACCGUGGAGGAGAUGGAGUGCAAGAUCUGCUACAACCGCUACGACACCCGCACCCGCAAGCCCAAGGUGCUCAGCUGCACGCACCGCGUCUGUGCCAAAUGCCUGAAGAAGAUUGUGGAGACGGGCGAGUCCUCGCCCAGCAUCAUCAGCUGCCCCUUCUGCCGCCACGAGACACACGUGCCCGACGAGGAGAUCUGGCUGCUGAAGGACGACAGCAACAUCCUGGCCAUCCUGGCCUACCAGGACCAGGCCAGGAAGAGCGGCUCCAUCACCCCCGGGGAGGUGCUGCUCACCCCCAACAGCCUGAGCGGCGGCGUGGUCGGUGGUGGUGGAGGAGGGGGCGGCAGUGGGGGCGGCGGCGGUGGUGGUGGGGGCGGCAGCGGGGACCAAUCCCACAGCUCCUCGGACUGCCUGGUGAUCACCAUCAUGGAGGUGCCGGCGGAGUCGCAGUCCUCGGACACCAUGAGCAUGCUGAACAUGGUGCGGCUGUACCGGCCGCCCAGCCUGGACUCGCUGCCGUGCCACCUGCCCAUCCAGAAGUGCCGCAUGUGGACGUCGCGCACCAUCCCCCGCUUCCUCAUCGGCUUCCUCUGCCUGGUCUACUUCAGCUCGCUGCCGCUGGGCAUCUACCUGCUCAUGAUCCAGCAGCUGACGAUGGGCGUGAUCCUGGUCAGCCUGGUGCCCUCCACGCUUGUACUGUGUGUCUUCUACGGCUUCUGCCAAUGCCUGUGCCAUGAGAUCAUGGAGGCCAUCACCACAUAGCGUAGCGGGUUGAAGGAUUGGAAAAAAAAAAAAAAAGUUUCGUCAGGGAGUUACAGUGUGUGGGUCGGUCUGUUUGUCUGUGCGUGUCUGUCGUCCGUCUGUGGGGAGUGACUUCAUAGCGAGACCUGUAAAAGACUCAAGCCAAAUCACUGAUGCAUAUCUUGCCCUGUCCCUUUCGCCCACACCCUCAACUAGCCUGGUCUUGCCAUAUGUAAGCUCUAGUCAAAAAAAAAAUGUCCACGUUACAGAGUUAU